AAUUAUAUUUUCAGAUAAAAAAGCGCAAAUCCUAAACUAUGGCCGUAUGACGCCAUUUUUCACUUGCUCGCUUUUAAUCAAUGCUUGCCUUCAGCUUGUAAGUAAUCGCUUUUGCGUUUCUUCUCUCUCUCUCCAACAUUGAUAAAACCCUCUCAUCUACCGGUCUUCCUGACCUCCUCCGAUCCGACCCAAUGCGUGCACAGAAUUCUCUCUGAAAGCCCCCACGUUUCCUUCCUGCGUUGUAUACCCUCAUUCGGAUGGUACCCACAUUCGAAUUCGAGGGCUCUCUCCAAUUUCCGCAGAAACCCUAGAGUCCACGGGGUGAUUUCUGCGAUUGGGGUGCCUUAAAGUCUCGAUUUUUUCCGGGUCUUUUCGUGGGUAUUCGAUGACUUAUCACGAAGAAGAUGAGGUGGUUCCGGAGCUGAGGGUGAGAGUGGGAGAGGAGGGUGAGGGGAACAAAGGGGAUUAUCUCGACUUGGGAGUGCGAGAUCGUUCGGGGAAUGACGAAGCGGAGAGAGACCCUCCUUCUCCGAGAAGAAGGUGCGGAUGGUUUGUGUGGUAUUGCGUGAAACUGUUUUUGCUGUUCUCUUGCCUGGGCUUGUUGGCUGCGGUUUGCAUCAAAUGGGUCUGGCCGUUUCUCAUGGACAAGGAAGUUAUCCCCAUAAUAAACUGGGAGACCACGACAUUUAGCACUCCGGUUCUUGCAGUUCUAGUCUUUGCUUCUGUGGCUAUAUUCCCCACCCUGCUCAUUCCAUCAACCCCUUCCUGGUGGGUUGCUGGAAUGACAUUUGGCUAUGGCUAUGGAUUUCUGCUGAUUAUGUCAGGAGUUAUUGUGGGUGUAUCGCUUCCAUAUUUCGUUGGCUCUCUCUUCCACCACAAAAUUCAAACCUGGCUAGAAAAACAUCCCAAGAGAGCUUCCUUGAUUAGGUCAGCUGGCAGAGGAAAUUCUUUUGAUCAGUUUCGAGCUGUUAUUUUGAUCAGGAUAUCUCCAUUCCCUUAUACAUUAUAUAACUACUGUGCUGUGGCGACGAAUGUGAGAUACUUCCCCUACAUUCUUGGGUCGCUGAUUGGUGUCGUGCCAGAAAUAUUUGUGGCAAUUUACACAGGAAUCCUGAUAAAAACUCUUGCUGAUGCUUCUCACGAUCAGCACUCACUAUCUGCUCCCCAGAUAAUCUUUAAUGUGCUUGGCUUCUUGGGGACAGUUGCUACCACGAUUAUUUUCACUGUUUAUGCAAAAAGGCAACUCAAAACAAUUCAGGCGGAAGGGGAGCCAUUACUAGAAUGAGAUGGUUCCUGCACUGGGUUGAAAUGUAAAGAUUGCGCUCAGAGCAUGCUUAAGGUGGCACAUCUGAUGGCAAAUAUACUGCAGGAUGAGGUUCAUUUAUUAUAGAACUUCAAUCUGUUGUGAAGUUGAUUCGUAGUGUAAAUGGUGUUCGAGUAAUGUUAAUGGUUGGGAGUCGGGACUGGUCUCUAACAUGAUUCUACUUUCUGGAUCGAGCGUAGAAGAACUUCCAUGUUCAAGAUUUGAAUCAUUCGAUACCCUGAAACAACGGUGACAUGGCAAGAACCUGAUCUUCCCCUGUUGCCAUACAAUGCCUCGUCCAUUGGGCAAGCAGGUUCUUAGUUUUCUGCUGUAUAGGGGUUGAAUCAGUUUAAGAAAUUGAAACCAAUUCAUGCAGAUUUUUGUCUGUAUAUAAGAAUAUCAAUCUGAUUGACUUGCAGAUUCUUGUGGU